GCGAUUUUAUCAACAAGUUCCUUACUCUUCGCCAGUGCAACAUUUCCCCGGCCUCAACUGCACGCUAGACACGCGAACGAUUUCCAUGCCAAUUCCGUUUCUUGCUUACUUCCCUGCCCUGGUAGCCCAGGAUCGGAUAGAAGAGUCCAUCAAUAUUAUAGGAGGUGGAGGGGAAGUUGAGGACCGCCUCGUCGUCGGUCCACCGCGUAUCACGGAAAAUUUAGCGCCACGCGCGAACUACGACCCAGUCUCGCCCCGUGCGCUUUCUUCGUUCGGGCCGUCAAGAAGCAUAUCAUUCGGCGACGUUAUCCUCGCGCGAUCAGGGGAUAAGGGCGCCAAUGUGAACGUUGGGUUCACGCCGCGUAAGAUAUACGACAAUGCCGAGGUAUGGGAGUGGCUGCGAAGCUUCUUGACGAGGGACAGACUGAAGGAGCUGAUGGGUGACGAUUGGCAGGAUUGGUUCCACGUUGAGCGUGUUGAGUUUCCAAAGAUAAGAGCUGUGCACUUCGUCGUCUACGGUGCCCUGGGUAGAGGCGUGAGCAGUUCUGUUAAGUUAGACUCUCUAGGCAAAGGAUUCGCGGAAUGGCUUCGUGCUGUACAUGUCCCGGUACCCAUCAAGUUUCUCGACGGAGGCCCGCGAAGCAAGAUUUGAAGCCAAGUCUUCUAUCAUCUGUAUAUAACCCAGGCGAGAUCGCAUGUCGAGCGAGUACAUACCCGAAUAUCCUACGAGAAGGGGAAUUUCCACUAUCUUACUUACAUUGUAGCGAGCAAAUACUCAUAGGUUACCUGUGCAAUAACGGCCCUU